AGUCUUGUAAAGUUAAUGGAACAACUGGGAAUUCAAUGCAGGAUUUUUCUGAGAGGUGAUAUCAUGGAUUACUUUAAAAAAGAGAAGUUUGACCUGUUAUUUGUUGAAGGAUUUGACUUCUGUUCUUUCCUGGUGGCUGAGAAGCUUGGGAAGCCAUUUGUGUCGAUUCUUCCCACCCAGUUUGGAAGUGUGGACCUUGGGCUACCAAGCCCUGUGUCUUAUGUUCCCGUAUUUCAUUCCUUUCUCACCGACCGCAUGGACUUCUGGGGCAGAGUGAAGAAUUUUCUGAUGUUCUUUAAUUUUUUCAUUAUCCAAUGGCGAAUCCAGUCUUCGUUUGACAACGCCAUCAAGGAACAUUUUCCAGAGGGCUCUAGGCCGGUUUUGUCUCAUCUUCUAAAGAAAGCAGAGCUGUGGUUUGUUAACUCUGACUUUGCCCUUGAAUUUGCUAGGCCUCUGCUUCCCAACACUGUGUAUGUUGGAGGCCUAAUGGCCAGACCUGUUAAACCAGUACCACAAGAACUUGAGAAUUUCAUCACUAAGUUUGGAGACUCUGGUUUUGUCCUUGUGGCUCUGGGCUCUGUUGUGAGCUUGCUUCAGUCCCAGGAAGUUCUCAUGGAGAUGAACAGUGCCUUUGCUCAUCUCUCUUAAGGGGUGAUAUGGAAGUGUAGGCCUUCUUAUUGGCCCAAAGAUGUCAAAUUGGCAGGAAAUGUGAAAAUCGUGGACUGGCUUCCUCAGAAUGACCUCUUGGCUCACCCACGCAUCCAUCUUUUUGCCACCCACGGUGGGAUGAAUAGUGUAAUGGAGGCCAUCCAACAUGGUGUGCCCAUGGUGGGGAUUCCUGUCGUUAGAGAAGAGGCUGAAAAUAUGAUUCGAGUAGAAGCCAAAAAAAUUGGUGUCUCUAUCCAGUUAAAGCAGAUCAAAGCAGAGACAUUGGCUCUGAAGAUGAAGGAAGUCAUAGAAGACAAGAGGUACAAGUCAGCAGCAGUGGCUGCCAGCAUCAUCAGGCGCUCCCACCCCUUGACCCCUGCCUAGAGGCUGGUGGGCUGGAUCGACCACAUCCUCCAGACAGGAGGUGCAGCCCACUUCAAGCCCCACGGCCUGCAGCAGCCAUGGUAUGAGCAGUACCUGCUGGAUGUCAUCUUGUUCCUGCUGGUGGUCACCCUGGGCACCCUGUGGCUCGGUGGGAAGCUGCUGAGCAUAAUGGCCAGGUGGCUGUGUGGGGCCAGGAAGCUGAAGAAGACCUGAUGGAGUUGCAGCCUUGAUGAGGGUUAGGGGAGCCACUGGUUCUAGGCUUUCUCCAGCAUAGGACAGCCCUGUUAUCUUCCUCAUCAUGGAACCUUAGGGUGGAGCCCAGUAUCUCCUCGCUAUUUCCUCCUCUGUAUAGAAAUUCUUAGGAAAUAAUUUACAAUUGUUUUAAAA